AUGCAUAUCAUUCUCACCGGAACCGGGCUGGUCGGCGCCAUCGCGCUGGAUGCCAUGUUGCAAGAGAGCUCCAUCGACAAGAUCACCAUCAUCAGCCGCAAGCCUGUCCCCCAGGCUGAGGGACAGAGCAAGGUCGAGGUCAUUAUCCAGGAAGACCUUUCUACGUACAGCGAUGAGACGCUUGCGAAGCUCAAGGGCGCGCACGGCUGCAUUUGGACCGCCGGCCCUCCGUUGAUGGCCGUAACACGACAAGAGUAUGAGUACGGCCACAUCGAUUUGCCCGUCAAAGCGGCAAAGGCCUUUGCCGCGCUCAACGACAAGUUCAAUUUUGUUUAUGUCUCACACGACGGAUGCCACGAUACACGCGCAGUCUACAUUUUUGAUGUGAAGGCCAGAGCAGAAGAGAAGCUUUUCCAGCUUCACCACGAUCCGAGCAAGCGUUUGGAGAUCAAGACCAAGGGCGGAAUUGAAGAACAGGAAUCGCUGUCCUCCUUCGUCCUCUACUGCAUACGCCCCGCACUUAUUGACUACAGCACUCACGACGCCAUUAAGCCCUGGCUCAAGCCCCUGCCACUGGCCAAAAAGUGGACCAACGGCGUGAUUUUGCCCUUGUACAGGUUUCUUGGUUUAACCAGCAUCAUGGGAACAUCACAGGAACUAGGCCAGGCAAUGAAGGACCUUGUUAUUUCCGACGGGCGAGACGUGGACGUUGCAGGGGCAUCGCCCGAAGGCAGAUGCUUGGGCGCUGUGGGGAUGCGGAAUUGGACGCAGGCCAGGAACGAGAGCCCGGAGGAUACUGUCGCUGUCUAA